AUGACCGCCCCAACAACCUGCUGCCGCUCCUCCAACAACAACGCCUCCUCGGCCGAGUGCGUCUGCGCCAAGCAAGCGACCUGCUCCUGCGGGAAGCAAUCCGCCCUCCACUGUUCCUGCUCCGCCGCCGCGACGGAGAACACGGUCGCCGGACCGAGAUGCAGCUGCCGUGCUAGACCCGCGGGCCAGUGCACUUGCGAGCGUGCCGCUUCGGAGAAUGUGACGCCUGUGAAGGCUUGUGCUUGUGGUUCAAGACCUGCUGAUGCUUGCACCUGUGAGAAGGCUGCUGAUGGGGGGUUCAACCCGGAGGAUGAGAUUGAUUUUACUACCAAGAAAUAAGUUUACUGAACUUGUCUCUAUGGGAAGGUCUUUCUGGGUUGGGGUCUGAGGAACAGCAUUGCAUGGCGUUUGGGGGUUUGUUAUGGGAAUUUGACAUGACCGGGACAAUAUCUCGACAGAGGCCGGGACGGACAGGACGGAAGGGGCAUGGAAGGGUUAUGAAGACCUGGUUGUCUGAACUGGGCCAUCAAACUGGGUUGGGUAAAAAGAGAAAUAGGGAUAUGAUAAUAAAAAAUGCUUAUCGACGAUUCGACUUUGA